GAUUGUAGAUACCCAGCGCCUUCCUCUUCCCAGCUCCGCUGUGCCUCGUUAUCCGAGCGUCGCUCCCACAUCUUGCUCCGCCGCGAGUGGUCACUGGCACUCCGGCUGCCGCCUCGCCUCUUCUCAAAGCUGCUGCCGCCCUUUGGGAUAGGAGGUUUUAAAAUGGAAAAUUUUGAUGCAUCACUUAGUACUUAUUUCAAGGCAUUGCUUGGUCCCCGAGACACCAGGGUGAAAGGAUGGUUCCUCCUGGACAAUUAUAUACCAACUUUAAUCUGCUCCAUCAUAUACUUACUAAUUGUGUGGCUGGGACCCAAAUACAUGAAGAAUAGACAGGCAUUCUCUUGCCGGGGAAUUUUAGUGGUGUAUAACAUUGGACUUACAUUGCUGUCACUCUAUAUGUUCUACGAGUUAGUGACAGGAGUAUGGGAAGGUAAAUACAACUUCUUUUGUCAGGACACACGCAGCGCUGGAGAAGCUGAUAUGAAGAUUAUCCGUGUCCUCUGGUGGUACUACUUCUCCAAACUCAUAGAGUUCAUGGACACCUUCUUCUUCAUCUUGCGCAAGAACAACCACCAGAUCACCAUCCUCCACGUCUACCACCAUGCCACCAUGCUGAACAUCUGGUGGUUUGUGAUGAACUGGGUCCCUUGUGGCCACUCUUAUUUUGGUGCCACACUUAACAGCUUCAUCCACGUCCUCAUGUACUCAUAUUAUGCUCUGUCAUCUGUCCCUUCCAUGCGUCCCUACCUCUGGUGGAAGAAGUACAUCACUCAGGGGCAGCUGCUUCAGUUUGUGCUGACAAUCGUCCAGACCAGCUGCGGGGUCAUCUGGCGGUGUCCAUUCCCUCUUGGUUGGUUAUAUUUCCAGAUUGGAUACAUGAUUUCUCUGAUUACUCUCUUCACAAACUUCUACAUUCAGACUUACAACAAGAAAGGGGCCUCCCGGAGGAAAGAGCACCUGAAGGAACACCAGAACGGGUCUGUGGCUGCUGUGAAUGGACACACCAACAGCUUUUCCACCCUGGAAAACAACAUGAAGCUGAGGAAGCAACGGAAGGAUUGAAGUCAGAGUUGAAAGCCUCCAAACCACGUCGUCUGAUUGUAAGCACAAUGAAUUGUGCCGAUGCUCGUUAACAGCUGCUGUAACUAGGCCGGCCUACAAUAGUGUGAUUCAUGUAGGACCUUCUUCAUCAGUUCAAAACCCCUAGAAAAUGUAUGCAAAUUAUACAAGUAGGCAUAAGAUUUUUAAUAUUUCUGGGCUGUCACCGACCCCUGCGCUAGACUGUGGAGGGAGUAUUGUUGUAGUAUACGACACUGCUGUUGCCUUAUUAGUUAUAACAUGAUAGGUGCUGAAUUGUGGAUUCACAAUUUAAAAACACUGUAAUCCAGACUUUUUUUUUUUAACCGUAGAUCAUGCAUGUGAUUGUAAAUUUGUACAAUGUUGUUACAGUAGAGAAACACACAUGCCUUAAAAUUUAAAAAAGCAGGGCCCAAAGCUUAUUAGUUUAAAUUAGGGUAUGUUUCAACUUUUUAUUCAUUUUUAAUAGCUCUGUAUAGAAAAUCAAAGACCGUCAUUUAUGAAACUAGCAUGUGACAGUUUCAAGUGACUUAUAGAUGUGAAACCAGAUGGCACCUUUGUUUUGUAAUAUUGGCUUUAAAUCAAGGCAGCCUCAAAUCUAGUGGAACAGUCAGUUUAACUUUUUAACAGAUCAUAUUUUUUUAUUUUGAGUGCCACUAUUAAUAAUGUAAAAAAAAUGGAGGGCUCUAAAGCAGUCUUGAUGAAAUUUAAAAUAUAUAUUCUUUGUCUUCAAGAUUUAGGAAGUGGGUAGGCCAUUUUUAAUUUCUGAAGUGCUAAAUGUUUUUAUACAGGAAACAAAGUCCAUUUUGGUUUCCACUCAUUAGAGAGAGGAGAUAUAUACAUAUAUAUAUACUUUUCAAGAGAUGUUUGAAUAUUUACCAUUUGACAGGAGUCCCACAGAUGAGUGAUGGGGAAUGGGUCCAAAUUUGGAUUGAUUUCUGUAAUGAUGUUUUGACAUAUACUUCUUUGCGGAAUGUGCCUAGCUUACCGAAAACUGGAUAGAGAUCUUUUGUUUGAUGUCAAUCUAAUAGCACCUAUAAUUUUUUUUUCCUAUUCAGAAUCUAAAGAUUUGUUUAGACCCACUUGUUUUAAAAAUAGACUGGCUUAUAUAAAAUCAUGGCCUACACCCCUGAGGCAGUGGUUAAAAAGAUGAGGACUGUUGGGUAUGUCAUUUUCAAAGUGUAGGAAUUUAGCCUCAGCAGGACUACUUCUCCAUUGAGGGGACAUUAAUGGAACCACUCGUGACACAUUUAAAAGGUUGUUGACAAUGUAUAAACUAAUUGUUGGUUUGAUAUUUAUGUAAAUAUCAUUUUAUCAUGCUUUAAUUUUGCACAUUCAUAUUAUAUGGAGCUGACUGCUCUUAUUAGUCUUGUGGGUUUUGGUUUGGAAGGAGUCACAGCAUCUGUUUACAUUUACCUUAUCAAAUCUAGAAUGUGUAUAUUUGUAAAAUGUAUGUCUUCCUAGGUACUAGUUUGCGAAUGUCUUUACAUAUUUCAAUACAAAAACUAAUAACAUUAAGUAGUGUGCUGUCAAAGUGUGCUCUAGCUCAUCUGGAUAUCUCCACAUUGUUAAUAAUGUCUAAACAUUAAUCAUUAAAACAUUUUUGAUUA